AUGGCUUCCAGACCAGAGGAGACUCUCUGCAGUCUGCUCUCUGAGAACCUCAGCCUCUUCUGUCUGGACCAUCAGCAGCCAGUGUGUCUCGUCUGCAGAGACUCAGAAAUACACAGUGAGCACAGGUUCAGACCCAUCGAUAAAGCUGCACGAAAACGCAAGAAGGACCUCAAGGAAACUCUGGAGCCUUUAAAGGAGAAGUUAAAGGUUUUUGAAAGAGUUAAAGUAAAGUUCGAUCAAGCAGCAGGACACAUUCAGGUCCAGGCCCGACACACAGAGAGGCAGAUUAAGGAGCAGUUUCAGAAGCUUCACCAGUUUCUAAAAGAGGAAGAGGAAGCCAGGAUGGCUGCACUGAGGGAGGAAGAGAAGCAGAAGAGUCAGAUGAUGAAGGAGAAGACGGAGGCUCUGAGCAGAGAGAUAGCAGCUCUGUCAGACACAGUCAGAGCCACAGAGGAGCAGCUGAGAGCUGAAGGUUUCCUGCUCAGCUACAAGGCUGCAGUGGAAAGAGUCCAGCGGCGCCCCCUGCUGGAGGAUCCACAGCUGCCCUCAGGAGCUCUGAUAGACCAGGCCAAACACCUGGGCAACCUGGCCUUCAACAUCUGGAACAGCAUGAAGGACAAGGUCUCCUACACUCCUGUGGUCCUGGAUCCAAACUCUGCUGGUCCAGGACUCAUCCUGUCUGAAGAUCUGACCAGUGUGAGUCGAGGAGAAGAGCAGCAGCUUCCUGACAAUCCAGAGAGGUUUAAAGAUUAUUACUGCUCUGUCCUGGGCUCUGAGGGCUUUGACUCAGGGACUCACAGCUGGGAUGUCGAGGUUGGAGACAGUACAGGCUGGUUACUGGGUGUGUUACAGUCUGUGCAGAGGAACGAUGGCAUAUGGUCUGGAUUCUGGGGAAUGGGGUUUUUUGAGGGUAAAUACAAAACAUGGUCACCAACAGCAGCUCCACCAACUGUUCUCCCAGUGCAGAAGAAGCCCAAAAGUAUCAGAGUGAACCUGGACUGGAGCAGAGGAACGCUGUCGUUCUCUGAUCCUGACACUAACACACACAUACACACCUUCACACACACUUUCACUCAGAGGAUGCUUCCAUUCAUUGCCAAAUCCCCCAGUGAAGGUAACGGCAGCAAAGCUCUGUGUCACGGUGGAAUAGAACAGUCAAAGUUGAUUAUUUUCACUCCUAUAUCUGGGGCCAGGUCAGGUUGCAGCAGGUUCAGCGGGGCCAUCCGGAUGUCCCUCUCCCUAGAGCUGUUCUCCAGCUCCCCCCGAGACCCUGAGCCGUUUCCAGGUUGGAUGAGAUAUAUAAUCCUUUCAACAUGUUCUGGGUCUACCCCAGGCCGUCUUCCAGUUGGACAUACCCAGAAGACCUCCAGAGCAAGGUGCCCAGGGGGCAACUCACCUCAAAAGUUCAUUUUUACUGUGCACCAUUGGAUGUACUAA